UAGACCAAUCAACAUGAUGAAGGAAGCUCGGCUGAUCAUGGGCUCAUACCUCUCCAUAGAAAAGGGUGACAGUCUCCGGUUGAAUUUCGUGGGUUGCAGAUUGCUAGCAAGCUGAAGUGGACCGCAAGAUUGUCUAAACCGGGAAGAAGAGUUGAUUGCAAACAAGACUGUAGUUUGAGCCAUAAUGGAACAAGCUGUUGGUGGUGAGUCAAAGAGAGGCCAGGUCACUGGGACACAUUUGGGAAAAGACAUUUCCAAAGCUAAGAAGUGCACGGUGAUUGGAGGCUCUGGGUUCCUGGGGCAGCACAUGGUGGAACAGUUGCUGGCACGAGGCUAUGCUGUCAAUGUAUUUGAUAUCCGCCAAGGGUUUGAUAACCCCCAGGUGCAGUUUUUUAUAGGUGAUCUCUGCAGCCAACAGGACCUGUACCCAGCUCUGGAAGGUGUAAGCACAGUUUUCCACUGUGCGUCACCCUCGCCAUCUGGUGACAACAAGGAACUCUUUUAUAGAGUGAAUUUCAUUGGCACCAAGAAUGUCAUUGAAACCUGCAAAGAGGCUGGGGUUCAGAAACUCAUUUUAACCAGCAGUGCCAGUGUUGUCUUUGAGGGUGUUGACAUAAAAAAUGGAACUGAAGACCUCCCUUACGCCAUGAAGCCCAUUGACUACUACACAGAGACCAAGAUCUUGCAGGAGAGAGUAGUACUGGAUGCCAACGACCCUGAGAAGAAUUUCUUAACCACAGCCAUUCGUCCUCAUGGCAUUUUUGGCCCAAGGGACCCGCAGUUAGUCCCCAUCCUAAUUGAUGCGGCUAGAAAGGGCAAAAUGAAGUUCAUGAUUGGAAAUGGGGAGAACCUGGUUGACUUCACCUUUGUGGAGAACGUGGUUCAUGGACAUAUCUUGGCAGCUGAGCACCUUUCCCAAGAUCCAGCUCUGGGUGGGAAGGCAUUUCACAUUACCAACGAUGAGCCAAUCCCUUUCUGGAAGUUCCUGUCCCGCAUUCUGACAGGCCUCAAUUACGAGGCCCCCAAGUACCACAUCCCCUACUGGGUGGCCUACUACCUUGCUUUCCUGCUAUCUCUGCUGGUAAUGGUGAUCAGUCCUCUCAUCCAAAUCCAGCCGACUUUUACACCAAUGCGGGUAGCACUGGCUGGCACAUUCCACUACUACAGUUGUGAGAAAGCCAAAAAGCUCAUUGGGUACCAGCCACUGGUCACCAUGGAUGACGCCGUGGAAAGGACUGUGCAGAGUUUUCACCACCUGCGGAAGGACAAGUGACGUGCCCCAGUGCCCUCACCAAUAACUUUUUCCUCUGUUCUGAUGAACCAAUAUCCUUAAGUGAGUUUCUUCUGAGCUAUGUGCCCCUUGCUGGUUAGAUGGUAGUAUACCUGACCCUUUUCAUGAAAAAGUGACAACAGGAGACAUUUCUUCCAGGAUAGCAUUGGACUUCUUAAAGCAGACAGACACAUAAUCUACUACUUUGGUCUUUCUCUCUCCCUCCCCCUACUUAUCUCUUGUAGUUGGAAGCUUUCCUGUCCUGACAGUCUGCUCUUCUCCUGGCAGCUGCUUCCAAAUUGCCACACAGAGACUUAAUAUUUAUAACUGCUCAGCCAAUAGCUCAGGCUUGUUACUAACUUGGUCAACUUAACCCUUUUCUAUUAAUCCAUGUACUGCCCCGAGGCUCAUGACCUUUACCUCUAACCCAUUUUGUGUGUCCAAUUUGUUCUUCAUCUGGUUCCAGACUCCUCUGACUCUGCCCUUCUUCAUCCCAUAAUUCUCAGUUUGGCUUUCCCACCUAACUUUAUCCUAUUCAGCUAUUGGCCAGUCAGCUUGUUUAUUAAACUAAUCACAGCGACAAAUCUUCACAGUGUACAAGAGGGUUUUCCACAGCACUAUCUCCUGUGUUCAUUAUCAUAAAGACAACCCUGAGUAUACCAGCAUUAAAAUGAAAACCACAAGACUUUGUUCAAGGUCUUAAAAAUUGAAGCAAAGCCAGAAAUUGUAAACACAGAGUAAGCCUUCAGACAUACAUUUCAUAUGAUCACAGUAGAAUAGUUGGAAGUAUUGAUGACUGUAACCCCCAAUCCCCAAUCCUUAAGGAUAAAUCCACUCCUGGUUCCUUGCUGCCUUGCAUGCUGUCAGGGUCUCUUUAAAAAUGGUUUCAGUGUCUGCCUCCAUUGUUUAACCACAAAACAUUUCCCUUUAUCCACAGAAUCUGGUAGUGAUCUUUAGUUGUCAGUAGUGAUGUGAUGAAGUGUGUGCUAAUAUGGUACAUUGUGUGCUGUGUUAGCUGGUCAGCUCCUAAUAACAUGGGAUAUUGGGCUGGUUGACAAUGAGCUGGAGAGAGUGGCCUUCUUCAUCUCCAUGAUGUUUGAGUAGAAACUCCUUCAUGAGAUGAUGCAGACUGGGCUACAGACAUCCUUGCAGCUCACCUCAAA